AAUAAAACAAGAAAAACCCUAAAGGAAUGGAAAAGAUUCGGGAGGUGGCAAAAACACAGUCAAAACCCUUCCCCCACUCGGCGGCUUCAAUCACUCUCAGAAUCAAAGACCAAACAACAAACAACAAACAAAAACCAACGGGACUCAUUCUCGUCUCUCUUUCUCAAUCAUCCAUGGCAGCCACCACCACCUUCUCCUCUUCACUCUCUCUAAGCCCCAAACCAAACAACCCUUCUACCACUAAACCCCUCUCUCUCCUCCCAAAACCCUUCCUUAAACCUUCCCCUCUCUCCCUCAGCUCCUCUUCUCCUCUCCUCGUCCAUGGAGUCUCCCAGUAUUUCUCCUCUGAGUCCUCCGGAGAACAUUCUCUCCCCUCUUUUGAUUACAACGAAGACGGCGACGAAAAGCCUCGAGAAGAGUGCGGAGUCGUCGGAAUCUUCGGCGAUCCGGAAGCUUCCCGUCUCUGUUACCUAGCCCUCCACGCGCUUCAGCAUCGCGGCCAAGAAGGUGCGGGUAUCGUAACCGUCAGCAACGAAAAGGUUCUCCAGACCAUAACAGGUGUCGGCUUAGUCUCCGAGGUUUUCAACGAGUCCAAACUCGACCAGCUACCCGGCGAAUUCGCGAUCGGACACGUCCGCUACUCCACCGCCGGAGCCUCCAUGCUCAAGAACGUCCAGCCUUUCGUCGCCGGCUAUCGCUUCGGCUCCAUCGGCGUUGCCCACAAUGGUAACUUGGUGAACUACAAGCAGCUGAGGGCUAUGCUCGAGGAGAACGGUUCCAUCUUCAACACUAGCUCUGAUACUGAGGUUGUGCUUCAUUUGAUUGCGAUUUCUAAAGCUAGACCCUUUUUCAUGAGGAUCAUUGAUGCUUGUGAGAAGCUUCAAGGUGCUUACUCCAUGGUGUUUGUCACUGAGGAUAAGCUUGUCGCUGUUCGUGACCCGCACGGGUUUAGGCCUUUAGUGAUGGGUAGGAGAAGUAACGGAGCUGUUGUGUUCGCUUCCGAGACUUGUGCUCUUGAUUUGAUUGAGGCUACUUAUGAGAGAGAGGUUUAUCCUGGUGAGGUUUUGGUUGUGGACAAAGACGGUGUGAAGUCGCAGUGUCUGAUGCCUCAUAACGAGCCCAAGCAGUGUAUUUUCGAGCAUAUCUACUUCUCCUUGCCCAACUCUAUUGUGUUCGGUCGGUCUGUGUACGAGUCUAGGCAUGUCUUUGGGGAGAUUUUGGCUACGGAGUCGCCUGUUGACUGCGAUGUUGUGAUCGCUGUGCCUGACUCUGGCGUUGUCGCUGCUCUGGGUUACGCUGCUAAGUCAGGUGUUGCGUUUCAGCAGGGGCUGAUUAGGUCUCACUAUGUUGGGAGGACGUUCAUCGAGCCGUCGCAGAAGAUCAGAGACUUUGGUGUGAAGCUGAAGCUGUCUCCUGUCCGUGGUGUUUUGGAAGGGAAGAGAGUUGUUGUGGUUGAUGAUUCGAUUGUUAGAGGUACGACCUCGUCUAAGAUUGUGCGUUUGCUGAGAGAAGCUGGUGCUAAAGAAGUUCAUAUGAGGAUCGCGAGUCCUCCUAUUGUAGCUUCUUGUUACUAUGGAGUGGACACGCCUAGCUCCGAGGAGUUGAUAUCCAACAGAAUGAGUGUUCAAGAGAUUAGUGAUUUCAUCGGGAGUGACUCUCUUGCGUUUCUCUCGUUUGAUACCUUGAAGAAACACUUAGGGGAAGACUCCAAGAGCUUCUGCUAUGCGUGCUUCACUGGUGAUUAUCCUGUGAAGCCUGCAGAAGUCAAGGUGAAACGAGGAGGAGGAGAUUUCAUUGACGAUGGUCUUGUUGGAAGCUUUGACAAUAUCGAAGCAGGUUGGGUUCGAUAGACAGAGACCUCCGAAGAACUGUAGUCACGUUCUAGAGUCUAUGCUUGUGUUUUUAUCCGUGUGAUCUUAUGCUUCGAAUCUUUUGGUUGCUAAACUAACGUUUCUACUUGGGGAAUAAAACUUUUUCAACCUUUUUUCAAAAA